GUUGUGGUGUCUUACACGGCGAGGAGGAGUCCACAGAAUGGAAGUGGAAAGAUGGAGGUGAAACACCUGUAGUAUCUGGAACCCAGAGGCACAACUGAACCAUGAAACUCGCCACUGUGGCCUUCUACGGGUUUGCUCUGGGGCUUCUGGCGGUCGGCCUGCGAGAGUUGCUGACUGGCUUCGAGGAGAACAGAUGCAGCAUGACCUACAUGUUUGAAUACCCGGAGUACCGGCGUGUGUCUCUGCCUCGCCGCGUGGCUAGACUGUACCCAGCGUACGGGCUCUACCUGUACGGUGAGGGUGUGUACGCCCAGGAGACCAGAGCGCUCAAACUCACCGGGGCCCCUGUGCUCUUCCUGCCAGGAAAUGCAGGCAGCUACAAACAAGCUCGCUCCCUAGGCUCCGUGGCCUUGAGGAAGGCUGAGAACAUGGAGGGAGGUCUUCACUUCAACGUGUUCACUGUGGACUUCAACGAGGAGCUGGUGGCCCUUUACGGCGGCAGUUUGUUAAGGCAGACACACUUCCUGCACGAGAGCAUUAAAGCCAUCCUCAGGCUAUACAAGCACCUGAAGAGCCCCCCUCAGAGUGUGGUGCUCGUUGGUCACUCCAUGGGGGGGGUGGUGGCACGGGCGCUGUUCACCCUGCCCCGCUUCAACACCAAUCUGGUCAGCCUCAUCAUCACACAGGCCUCCCCCCACCUGGCUCCAGUGCUGGCCCUGGACCCCUACCUGCUGGAUUUCUACUCUGCAGUGAGACAGAAGUGGGUGAACCAGGCGAAAAAGCUCAGGAACGUCACAGUUUUGUCUGUUGGGGGUGGUUACCGUGACUACCAGGUCCGCUCCGGCCUCACAUCCCUACCUGGUCCCCCAGGAGACCCCAAUAAGUUGUCACUGGUGGCAACUGCAGUUCCAAGGACUUGGGUGUCCACUGACCACCUGUCCAUCGUUUGGUGCAAAGAGCUCGUUCUAGCUACCGUCAGGGCAUUAUUCGACCUCAUCGAUCCUGAAACCAGACAGUUCUCAGUAAAGCCAGAGAAGAAAAUGGCUGUCCUGAACCAUCACUUCAUCAGACACCCUGUCCGGACGCUGGAAGAAACUCAAGAAACCUCCGUCUCCAUCUCAGAUUUUCCUGAAGCAUGGAGUGAAGUUAACACACUGCGUCUGGCUUACAGCACUCCAAAGGAAGGACAGGUCAAAUACUUCCUGUUCGCCCUGUCGAGCCGCAGGAAAGCCUACAGCCAUUUCUACUGCCGGAGUAACAACCUGGAGAUGAGUAGCUGGGUGUACGGCUGUGUUAACGGUUCUAAAUGUGUGCAUGCAGUGGAUCUGUCCGCAGGAAGUGAGCUCCUGCCGUCCUACAAGGUCCUCGUUCUGAGUCUCAGCGACUUGUCUUCAGCUACUCAUCUGGUUGUUUCAGCCUCCAACCUCAAUGGCAAACAGUUUACAGUGGAGUGCGAGUGGCAGAGACAAGACUCUCAGACUCUGUCCGUCCCAGCACCACAUGUCCUGUCCUUUGGUUUGACUGCCAGCGAUGUUUCUAUCAACUCCUCCGGACUGCUUCAUAUCAUCCAGCUGCAGUACUUCCACCAGGUCUAUCAGGCUCUAAGGAUUAAUGUUGCCAGCCAGUGCAAAGUACACAAAGAUAGACUGCCCAACGUGUACAGAAUAAAUGUCCCGUGGUUUCGAGAGGACUCUUUAACCAGCGUCAGUGUGCCAUCAGUGACUGAGAUCUCAGGGAUGCUCCACACAAGUCGUCCAGACAACACCUCAGGUGUCGUCCUUCAGCUCCACACUUCCCCCAACUGCCAAUAUAAGGUGUCAGUAAGGACUUCAUUACCCCGGGUGUUGGGACAGAUACUGCGGUUCUGUGGUCCGAUGGUGCCUGUGUACACAGCUGUUACCCUCCUCCUGGCCUGUAGGGGGCAGCUGUGCUCCAUCCUUAAGUCUAAGCGCUCUGCAGACAUGAGCCAGGUGGUGGGCAAAGGCCUGCAGCCCCAUCAAGUCAAUCUGCCCAUUUAUAUUCUGCACAUGUUACUGAGCUGUAGCUGGUUUCAAGAGGUGUGGUCAGUACUCUACCUCCCCCCGAUGGAUGCCCUCCCCUCAGCCACACCUGACAUGACAUUCCAUGAGGAUGGGGUACCAGUUGAAGAAUGGCCCCACCUCCUGUCCCCUCUGUUUUACAUCUGGGGGGCCGCCGUGGCGUACUGGGGCAGUGCCCUGCUGCGUCUCAUCGUGAGGCUGAUCUCUCUCAUACUGGCUCCACUGCACAGACCAUCCGUCUCCAGAGACUGUAGCACUGUGCGACCGCGGACCCUGCUCCUCAUCAUUCUGUGUCUGACUGUUAUGGGGGGGCUGUCCUGUGGGGCUUUGUCUAUCUUUGCUGCCUUUCUGCUCCAUCUCUACAGAGUGCUGAGGCUUCAGAUGACCGAGAGAUCUUUGCGUCACAUGUUAAAUCUGGCCCCCCGGAAGCACAAAGAAGCGGACAACGGCUCGGUGGAGGAAGAAUCUCAGAGCCAGCCUACAGAAUGUAAUGGCGCCCCCCUGCUGUCUGAAUGCGCCCUACAGGAGGUGCGGGACGACCUACAGCUUCAUCUCUGUCUGUCGGCGCUCUUCACGCUGCCUGUCAUGCUUAUCGCACCCUCACUCCUCCACUGGAUCCGCAACCUGAGGUAUUCCACCCAGUUGGACCCUGACCCUUGCUGGCCGCUCUCGGUGCCUCUCAUUAUUGUGUACAUGCUGCUUAUAAACUGCAACACUUUAAAACUCAGCAACAGUAAACUCCUGCCUCUGACAUCCUGCCUCCCGCUCCCUAUGUCCAUUGCCAUGGUGACCUUCUCUCCACUCCACCUCUACAGAGUCAGCUACUUCCUGUUAGCGGCGCUGGUCCCUCUGGCCUCGUGUUGUCUGCUCUGACGGUAUCUGUCUGCUUUCAGUCUAAAUCACCACCAUAACAAGCCUUUCUCUGAAUUAAAGCCCGCCUCCCUGCGGCUGCUCCGGACUGAUCUGUUCUGGAAACCUGCGCUCUAUCUAGCUGCCGUGGAGCAGAGCCAUAGACAUACAUAGCUUGGGGAACUGUCCGCUCGAUGUUAGCACUAAAAGCUCCAUGGCAAUUGCACAACGUUUUAGAAUGGGAGGAUGUAAUGACCCUGGAGCAUUUGGUGUGAAUAUGGCUCAGAAGGAAGGAUUUACCUGAAACCAAGUUUGCCUUACUCUGUAUUUCUAUAGCUCUGCCUUCAAGGAGCACAAACUCCACAACCAGUGAAGCUACUGAUACUAGAGAAUCUCAACAGGGUGUUCAAAUAUGUUGUUCUGUUUGUGUUGUUUCUACGGCCUACAGUGGCAUGGUUCACUGUGGGCCCCACACUGCUCCCUGCUCCACUGCCUACUGCUUACCUAACUGUCCUAGCACUGCCACCAAACCUGUGUACUCGCUCUGAAAGGAAAAUCCAAAGUAAUCAUGUUUAUAUCCACCUCUCUGAUGCAGAACAAUGACCGCCAAUGGAAGCUUUGCACUGGAGAAGGCUUUGGUGCAGGUUCUGCUUGUGAAGUCUGUUUUUGUGGACAAACAGACUGGAGAAGGUGCCACGCUGGCAACGAUUAGGAUGACGCCAGGAGUUAAUAGGGGAAUUGGGAGAUAAAGAUUCUAAACAGAUAAAUUAUCAUUGGGGGGGUGGCACAAAUGCUGAAUAUGUAUUGAGUGUCAAAGUCACAUGGUUAACUAGAGACGGUGAGAUUAUAUUCAUAUAUAAUCAUGAUAUGCUCCUUGGUAUUUUGAUACGAUGAAGCUGUAUGUCGUUUGAGAUGACUUUUAAAAAGCAGCUUACUUACUUCCUCUAAGCCUCGGAUUUAUGUUCAGUGGAGGAUUAUGGGAUCUGUUCAGUAUUGCAGCUGAUGCACAGUUUGAUUGGAACUUCAAGCUGCAGCUUCAAUCUUUGAACGAAAACAGUUCGAAGUCCAUAUUGUAAUGGAGGUUGUGAUUAGCGUUGCAGUGUCGGGUUACUGAGAGUGAGUUGUAUCUAUGGUUACUGUUUUUCACUCUCCCCGUGGCAGGUGUACAGGGGAACACUUCUGACCAAGGAAACCACCACCUUUUGUCUUACUUUUUUAAUUUUGGUUUAAAUACCCGUUUCCGAAUCACAAAUCUACCUGUCUGUCUUUCUACCUUCUGUUGUUAAGUGCUUUUACCUAAUGUGUAAGGACUCUUGGAUUUCUUGUGUUUCGAGAUGAUUUUCAAGAGCAAUUUAGAGGCUAGAGUUAUUCUUUAUCUUUGCUAUUGUCAACAUCCUGUAUCAACCUCCAGCCCAUUGCUUCCUACUGAUGACAUCAUUAAAGGCUUGCUUAUUUCAUUAAAAAGCUGGCCUCUGUAGUUUCUGGAAAACAGAAAUCAUCCUGGUGGAAAUGGUGCAUUUGUUAGGGACUAUUUUCAAUGGUGGAUUAAUCCUGUGUGUGUGUGUGUGUGUGUGUGUGUGUGUGUGUGUGUGUGUGUGUGUGUGUGUGUGUGUGUGUGUGUGUGUGUGUGUGUGUGUGUGUGUGUGUGUGUGUGUGUGUGUGUGUGUGUGUGUGUGUGUGUGUGUGUGUGUGUGUGUGUGUGUGUGUGUGUGUGUGUGUGUGUGUGUGUGUGUGUGUGUGUGUGUGUGUGUGUGUUCUAUGGAAGAUGUGUGUUGGUUUUGGUCUUCAAAUGGGAUUGUUGACAGUAGGUCUCUUCUAGUGUUUUUAGUCUUUUAAGGGAAUGAUGUUAAAGGAUCUCAUAAACUUUUGGAUUUAUUUUUGCACGAUUGCGUCACAACAUCAUUAUGAAUGUUGUGAUGAUGUUAUCAUGUGUUUAUUUGCAGUGUUUGGGUAACGUAAGCGAUGAUUGAGAUUGAUCUACCACUGAACUAGAGUUUGGUUUAACAUUGUGUGUAUGCAGUGCCCUUGUGUUCAGCCAUUGUGUCUUUCUGCCUUUUUUUAAGGGAGACACUACAGGUGAAUAGGGUUGACUUUUCAAAUGGUAUUUAUUAUUUUAUAAAUGUGCAAAUGAGGCAUUUUCUUAUUUAGCAUGUGCUAAUUUCAAUACCUUUUCCGGAACAGAAGUGUGACAUUAUGUCUUCAUGUCAGAAAAUACAGUAAACCCGGUAUAUAAAAUAAUCCAUUUGGACCUUCACAAUGAAGACAGGAAUGACAUUGUGACAUUUGGUGUAUGUAAGAUUGACUUCUGGCUCCGAUCAUUAGAAAUAACAGCUUUUUAAGAUAAGUAUUGUAGGUUUCUAGCGCCCCAUUUUGCAUCACAGUACAGGCGGAUAGUGUAACAAAUAGAUGAUCACCAUAAAACUUCUACAUAUGAUCACCUACAUAAAGACAUGUUUUUGUUUCAAUUUAAACAAGGCAUUAUCUAAAGCAACACUUCUGGUAAUUUAGGAGAAAUCUGCAGAAACACAUGGAAAAAAGUUGCAAUGUUUUCUUGCCACUAGUCUGAAAGGAGACUGUAAAAGAAGCAAAGAAGCUGCAACUGAAACAAAGGGAUUUCCUGUAGUGUCUCACCUCUCCUGUUAGUGGAGCAGCUGCUGUGCCUUCCUGCUUCCUCCUGUAUGCAGUGCUGCGUCUGUCCGCCUGCCACACCAUCAGGCCUCAGCAGCAGUGUCUUGGCUAAAUAAUAAAUGCCUUUACUAACAAAAGCAGUGCUUCAAUACGGAAGUAUAAUUUUACAUUUGUGAGACUGAAGAUCACACAAAUGCUUACUGCCUCUGCAGUAAGCACACAAUCAUGAGUCAGCAUUCUCUGCAAAGACACUGCUGCUGUCCCCGGUGUGAAUGUACCUGCACAGGAUGUCUUUACCUGUCUAUGAAUUGAUUACUUGUGGUGUAAGUGGUCAGCUUUUCUGUGCACGUGUCUGGUGCAGUUUUAGUGCUUUGAGAUGCACAUGCUUCAUUGUAAAUUGGUGAUAUACACUACUAGAAGAAAUUAGUUGAGAUUAAAUGGCGUUAUAAAUAUAAAUGUGAUUUAUAUCGGUGUUCACUGUGAGAUAAUGUUUCACAGUUUUUACAAGAGGGUCUUGAUUCUAAACUGAUAUACUAUCACUUUGGCAUUUCCUUUUUCAUCCCCUCUGGAAAAAAAUACAUCUUUCUUCCCCACAAGAAGCAAAUGAAAUUCCUUUCUUUAACUUUUUUGUCACUGACAAUGUGUCAGUUAUUCUCUCUGUUAAAAUGCUUCUUGGUUGAGGUUGAUUUAUGAAAAGGAAGUAUCAAUUAUUGUCCAGUCAUCAUUAUAGUAUGAUACCUCAGGCAGGCAGCUUGUUACUUUAUCAUCUUGCCAAUAAAUUAUACAUUAUACAGCGUACAAUAUGAGAAAAAAGGGUCAGUCAAACCCCAUCCUUUUUAAGAACAACAUUUCAACCGACACAAUUUCCUAUAGUGAACUGUAUUCCAGUGUGGAAUCCUAAACAUGCUCUGAUGUUCCCAGCACACACAUCCUGAUUUAAGACUGCAGUACAAUAAGACUUGACCCACUGACAACGAUAAUGACAACCAAUCUGUCAUUUUCUUUACCAAGUAACCUAGCUGGAGGUUUAUCUAGUAAUAUGAGAGUAAAAGUCAUAUUUUUCUGUUACUACCAUUUCUAAGUUCUUUGAAGUCCAGUAACCCUAUCAUUUUGCCUAGAGGGACUUCAAACCUGUAACCUCCUGCCAGAUCGUCCUUGUUGUGCAGAAUAAUAAUAUAUAUCUAAUGAGUCCUCUGCCCUUAAUAACAGACUGGCAGGUGAAGGAAGGGAAAUGUACCAUAUCUGAGGGAAGGGUUGUUUUUUGUGUUGAGGCUUUGGUGUGAGAGAAUGUUCUCCUCAGGUUUAAGCAUUAUUGUGUCAAAAGUGACUGCUUUGAUGUUUUUAUAUUUCUCACAUUUUUAUCUGAUGUCAUUGUAAACGGGCAAACUGUCCGAUUUUUGGCACUAUUGUUGUUGCAAUAAAACGAAAAAUAUAUAA